UUGGCCGCGUGUGAACCUCAGGUUUUCGAUUCUAAUCAAGAAAAUGAUUUGCUGUGGGAAGAGACGUUUCCUGAAAGAACAACCGUUACUGAAUCACCCCAGACUCCACAUAUAUCAUUCUCCGAACCUGAUACUCCAUUCUCAGAAAAUACUGAAUUACCUGUGGACUGGAGUAUUAAAACGCGACUCCUUUUCACCUCUUCUCAACCCUUUACUUGGGCAGAUCAUUUGAAAGCCCAAGAAGAGGCCCAAGGUCUUGUCCAGCACUGUCGGGCAACAGUGGUUACUCUGCCUCAAAGUAUACAGGAUCCCAAACUAUCCACUGAACUCCGAUGUGCCUUCCAGCAGAGCCUCAUCUACUGGAUUCACCCUUCCUUUCCUUGGCUACCCCUGUUUCCUCGUAUUGGAGCUGAUAGAAAAAUGGUUGGAAAGACAAGCCCUUGGGCAAAUGAUGAAACCCUGCAGCAUGAUUUAAUGAGUGACUGGUCUGUGAGCUUUACUUCUCUGUAUAAUCUGCUGAAGACAAGACUUUGCCCCUAUUUCUACGUCUGUACAUACCAGUUCACUGUCCUGUUCCGUGCAGCAGGAUUAGCAGGAAAUGAUGUAAUCACCGCUCUCAUCUCACCUACAACUAGAGGUAUAAGAGAAGCUAUGAAAAAUGAAGGUAUUGAAUUUUCUCUGCCUUUAUUAAAAGAAAAUGGCCAUAAGGAAAAGAAAGCACCUGGAACAAGCUGGAAACACGGAGAGGAGCAAGCACUUAGUGAUGAAGAUGAAGAAGAAAGCUUUUCCUGGCUGGAAGAGAUGGGUGUGCAAGAUAAAAUUAAAAAACCAGACAUACUCUCCAUCAAGCUGCGAAAAGAGAAACAUGAAGUGCAAAUGGAUCACAGACCUGAGUCGGUUGUGUUGGUGAAAGGGAUGAACACGUUUACAUUGCUGAAUUUUUUGAUCAACUGUAAAAGUUUAAUUGCUACCUCGGGUGCACAGGCAGGACUCCCACCAACCCUCCUGUCCCCUGGAGCAUUCCGAGGCGCCACAAUGCAAAUGCUUAAGGCAAGAAGUGUAAAUGUGAAGACCCAAGCUCUUUCUGGAUACAGAGACCAAUUUAGUUUGGAAAUUACAGGCCCAGUCAUGCCUCAUUCUCUACAUUCUGUGGUGACAUUACUCAGAUCUUCACAAAAUGGGUCAUUUUCUGCAGGACUGUAUACACAUGAACCAACUGCUGUAUUUAAUAUCAGCCCACCCGUAGAUAAAGUUCUAAAUAAGGAGACAGUUCAUGAGGAGCUUGCCAGCUGUGGGUUGCACCCCAAGACACUAGAUCAACUCAGUCAAAUACCAACACUGGGAAAAUCAUCUUUACGACACGUGGAAAUGAGUGACUACCGUUAUAGUUGGAGACCCUGAACACCACAGUAAGCCUAAAAGGAAUCUUUGAGGAAAAAAAGCCUUCUAAGCAAGGAAAUUCAAGAUUCUUACUCCUUUGGCUUUAAAGUUCAUUUUGGAAUUUAAAAAGAACAGAACUUUAAAGUAUUCAAAUGUUCAUAAAUCUUUGACAUGCACUAAGCAAUCGGUUAUAAAUUUUUAAACAUUUUUACUAUUUUUCAGAUUAGAGCUAAAAUAACUUUCCUUUGAAGCCUUCAAGUGCCUUGAAAAUUCUACCUCCCUCUAGUGAUAAACUGCACUAAAAAUUGACUGUCAGCAUUUCCUUGCAAAUGGCAAGUUGAGGCUUGACCUAGUAGCAAGCACCUCAUAUUAUCAGGGAGAACUAUUUACCAGUUUUCCAAUUAUUAAAGGUUGUAGGUACUUCUAAACCUUGUUCCUUUCUUCUCGAUAUACUAAAAUUUGGCUUUAUACUUGCAUGUUAAUUUGGGUAAAGGUUUUUGCAUUCUGUAUAAUAGUGCUGGGGUUAAAAGUAUGCUCAGCUGUCACGGAAAAGUAAGCUUAAAUGUUCCUGUAGGGGUGUGUGUCUCUGUGCGUGUGUGUGUGUGUGUGUGUGUGUGUGUGUGUGUGUGUGUAUAAUGUUCUUAAAUAAAAGUGCUUAGAAAUCUAAACAUUGGGUAAAGAAGUAGUAUCUAGUGAAAAAGUGUGUGUUCACUUUGUAAUCAAAAAAUAAACCACCACAUUUAUUCCAGAGAAGUUUAUAUUUGGGCCUUAAGCUUUUGAAAAUAAAGUUUAGAGACAUAGCAUAUGAAUACCACUGUAAUACACAUGAAAUUUUCUAUUAGACCCUAAAAAUUAACAUAAACUUAAA